AUGAACCCAUUUGGUUCUUUUGAAGUUCUUGUGCUCUGUUUAGGAUUCUUUCUCGUUGGCUGCUCAGCAUUUCCAAAAAAUGAAGUUGAUGGUUUAAUUUCUUUCAAGAGAGCUAUUAUCGAGGACCCUUCACUGGCUUUGUCCAAUUGGAGCACUCUAGAUUCAAAUCCGUGCCAAUGGUACGGCGUUUCUUGUUCCACGGCUGGUGAUCAUGUUCUAGAGCUAAAUAUUUCAGGGAAAUCUUUAAGGGGUUUUAUCUCGCCAGAGUUGAAGAAGCUGUCAGGUUUACAACAAUUAGUUUUGCAUGGGAAUCUGUUGAUGGGCUCCAUACCUAGUGAGAUUGGCGUAUUGAAGAACCUCAAGGUUCUCGAUUUGGGAUCAAACCGGCUAACCGGGAAAAUUCCACCUGAGAUUGGGAACUUAAGCAGCAUCCUGAAAAUAAAUCUUGAAUCCAAUGGGUUGAGUGGCAAGUUACCUUAUGAGCUUGGUAAAUUGAAAUACCUUGAGGAGCUUCGAUUGGAUAGGAAUAGGUUUAUGGGAACAGUGCCUGCUCGUAAUGACUCGGAUAAAGUCUAUCCUUUCAGUUCUUUUGGAACGUUUGCUUCAAAUGGAAUUACUAUGGGAUUUUGUCGAUUCUCUCGACUAAAAGUAGCUGACUUCUCAUACAAUUUCUUGGUUGGAAGCAUACACAAGUGCUUGGCAUAUCUUCCGAGAUCAAGUUUUCAGGGUAAUUGUCUUCAAGUCAAAGAUAUCAAGCAACGUUCAAUUGCACAAUGUGUUGCUUUUAUUUCGGGUGGUCCUCCCCCCACAAAUGCCCAUGCAGAAGUGAUGUCAAAGCCAUUGCCGACUAAGGAGGAACCAAAGCAUAACGUUCAUUCGUCUAAGCCCGCAUGGCUGUUGGCCCUUGAAAUCGUGACUGGAAUUAUGGUGGGCUUAAUAUUCGUCAUUGCUCUCUUUACAGCCGCUCGAAAGUUUAAGAAGAAACCUUCGGACAUCAUCGGGUGGAAGAAGUCCUCGAGUUCUAAGGACAACUUGACGAUUUACAUAGAUUCUGAAAUACUUAAGGAUGUGACGAGAUACAGCAGAGAAGAACUCGAAGUAGCGUGUGAAGAUUUCAGCAAUAUCAUUGGAUCCUCCCCCGACAGCAUCGUCUAUAAAGGCACAAUAAAAAGUGGGCCCGAAAUUGCGGUUAUAUCUCUUUGCUUGAAAGACGAGCAGUGGAAUGGCUACCUCGAGCUUUAUUUUCAAAAAGAGGUUGCGGGAUUGGCAAGACUGAAUCAAGAUAAUGUGGGGAAGUUGCUCGGGUAUUGCAGAGAGACCAGCCCGUUUACUAGGAUGCUAGUGUUCGAGUACGCAUCAAACGGGACACUCCACGAGCACCUUCAUUAUGGCGAAGCGUGCCAAUUCUCUUGGACACGGCGCAUGAAGAUUAUUGUUGGGAUUGCCAGGGGUUUAAAAUAUCUUCACACAGAGCUCGACCCGCCAUUUACUAUAUCCGAGCUGAACUCAAGCUCGAUUUAUCUUACUGAUGAUUUUUCUCCUAAGCUGCUCGACUUUGAAUGCUGGAAAACGAUCCUUUCAAGAUCAGAAAAGAGCUCGGGUGCCUUAAGCAAUGAAGGCUCGGUUUGCAUCAUCCCGAAUUCUCUAGAAGAACGUAAUAUUGAUAUCCAAAGCAACACUUACGCAUUCGGUAUUCUUCUACUCGAAAUCAUCAGUGGCAGACUUCCAUACAGCCAGGAUAAAGAGUGCUUGGUCGAUUGGGCUAAGGAGUACUUGGAGUUGCCGGAAGUGAUGUCGUACGUGGUGGAUCCCGAGCUGAAACACUUCAGUUACGAGGAUCUGAAGGUGAUAUGUAAGGUAGUGAUCCUAUGCAUUUAUCCCCACACGAGCACACGGGCAUCCAUGCGGGACUUGUGCGCGAUGUUGGAAAGCAGCAUUGACACGUCAGUGUCUGCGGAUAUCAAGGCAUCCUCGCUGGCUUGGGCUGAGCUGGCGCUUUCAUCUUAA